GAGUAGUUCAAGUAGUUUAAGUAAAUACACAUUAGGCGUUCCAUAAACACAGGCCACUUUAGGUGUCCAGCGUAGAUUAAGUUCUGAUUAUUGAACCGUUUAACUGACAACGAUAUUACAGGAAUUUAGUUAACAUUAGUUUAUCGGGACUGGAAAAUACAAACUGACAAAAAAUGGCGAACACAAAGGCAAUCGUUGAAGGUAAAAUCGCUGGGAAGAAAGUGAUGGUGUUUUCAAAAUCGUAUUGCCCAUACUGCAAGCUUGGAAAGAAAACACUCGAGGCUUACUUGGGAAAGGAGUUAAAUUCAGAUGAUUAUGAAGUAUGGGAGAUUGAGAAUGAAAGUAAUUGUGGAGAAAUACAGAGUGUACUUGGUAGCAUUACCGGAGGCCAAACUGUGAGUAUAGCCGCUUUCCUUUAUUUCCUUAUGUUGGUUCGAAGUAUUUCUUUAUUAGUAUUUUUUGGUAUUGGUAUUUUUUUAUUAAAAAAAUGUGCCCGGAUUUUCAUUAACGGCAAAUUUGUUGGCGGCGGAUCAGAGGUUCAAGCUUUGGAUCAAAGUGGGGGACUACGAAAACUGUUGUCAUAGUAACAGAUGGGCAACGUGCAAAGUCAAGGGGAGAAACAGAAAUAAUAGAACUUUCGAAAAUGAACUGUUAAAAGUGUGUAAUUGUAGUUAGAUAAAUGUAUUUAUAUGUACGUAUGUGUUAAACAAAUUAUAAUUGCAAUUGUCAUUUUUUAUUUAGUUACUUUAGCAUUUAUUUGUUCCAAAAUGUUAUCUCUUGAUUAUGUUUUAUUUCAUUUCAUUAUUUCACAUAAAUUAAAAUGAUGCAGUAUA